AUGAGUCGCGCGCGUCGUGGUCACGAUCUGGAGACGGUGAUUCAUCGAUUUUCAGACGAUGAUUUGGCGAAUUUGAAGCCGAAACAAGUGUUCGCCGAUAAAUGGAUUAUUUUGAAGAAAUUGAAUAAACGAAAUAAUUCGCAUUGUUAUCAAGUCUGUGAUAAGGCAGUGAAAAAUUUUGGAGUACUGUAUCUGGAGCAAGGAGUGGACAAUGUGACGUCGAUUCCACUACAAGUGGAAUUAUUGACGAAGAUGUAUUCAAAUGGAUAUUCGCAUCGAUUCAACCAAAUUCUGGACACUGGAAUAAUCAAUAAUUCGGUCUACUGGAUGAUCACGCGAAUUCGAGCUGGUCCAACACUGAAACAACUUUUGGAAUGUUCUGGAAAUCCCGGAAUUAUCUCCUCGAAAACUGCUUCAUUCAUUGCCUGUGAUAUUCUAUCAGUUAUCGAAUUACUCAAUUCAUCUUCUCAUGUUUUACGCGAUUUUAAUGCUGAGCAAUGGAAAUUUGAUGUGCAGACGAGAAUGUUCUAUUUGGAUGAUAUUUCUGAUGUCGGCAUGUCAUCAGACAAGCGCCACCUCCUGAUCGAUGAGAUCCAUCUCAAAACGGCUCGUGAACUGAAUCUCUCAUGGAAGUACACGGAUUGCUCAUCGCUAAAAUAUGCUCCAUGCUCAUUCCUAAUCAAUGGCUCCCAAAUGCACCAAAUGACGGAAUUCGAUGAGUUCGAAAUGCUCAUUUACAUUUUAUACGAUUUGACACGUGGCGAAUUGCCAUGGACCCAUUUGAAGUGUCAACAGACGAUGCUCGAAAUGAGAAGAGACUUUCUGACGGAUAUUCCGAAUCUGAAGGAUCUAACGGAUAAGAAGUCCCCGGAUUAUUGGUUCGCCAUGUCUCUGAACAAUCUUGCUGAGCACUUAAAGACAGCUGAAAGAGUCCAAGAUACACUCGAAAAACAGGCGGUUCGCGGUGGGGCGUGGUGUCCGAAAGGACCAAGAGCACCGGCUCUUCUCUCGAUUAUUAAUUAUCGCCGUCUAAUUGAGGAUUUUCAAAAAAUCGUUCGCAACGGAAAGCCGGAAUACGAUAUUCAUUGGAGAGAUGUCGCGUUGGAUUGGGAUAAGGACGCUGAUGAAUCCCAAAUGCGCCAAAUCGAAAAAUUGGAAUUGCUGCGAAAGAGUGAGGAGCUGGCCGAGGAAUGGAAGCGUCUCGAAGCGAUUCGAGAGCACUAUGAAAUCAUGGAAGAAGACGGAGAACUGGAGAGGGAGAAGAAUCGAUUAUCGAUCGAUCGAUUCCUGAAAAUCAAGUCGGGAGAGAGUAUGACACCGGAAGAGAGUGCAGACAUUGAGAAGAAAUUGAUGGAGUUCAAACGGAAAAUCGAGUUGAAUCGAGAGCUGAAACGGGCUCAAAAGUUGAAAAAGACCAAAUUGAUUCAGGAAAUCAAAAUGGAGCUGGACGAUCCUGAAUAUGAAGGAGUUUCCACGUCAUCCGCCGCACCAUCAACAUCAUCAUCAGACGCCUACUCUCAACGUCUUCCUCAUCUUCCGAAUCUUCCAGAAGACGUUGACGACGAUGACGUGGAAAUUCAAAAAGACCAAAAUCUUCCCGAUGAUUUGAAAAUCGAUGAAAAAGAGAUAAAACAAGAGUUGCCGGAUGACGAAUUUGAUUAA